CUUAUUUCCCCAGUCAUUCUCAACAAACACUUUCACUGGGUCGUGUCACACACUAUAUACAUAUAGUUUAAGCCAGAAUCGAGAUGUCGAAGCAAAAUAUUCAGAAAGACCAAGAUGAGUGCCUUCGUUGCAUGCGCUGCAAGAAAGUGAUCCAAUGUUCACGUUUCGAUAGCGGUAGCUUACUGCGUCACAUCGAAUAUGAGCAUCCGGAAUUAUUCAAGAUGGCCCAUUCCAAAGUCAAAAGUAUUUACAAUCCCUCAACGGAUAAGAGAUCGGAUUCGGAACUUGAUGCUGAAAGUUUGGGGCGAUGUAAGAACAAAAAGAGGACCUCUAGCGAUGACAUGACCAAAAAAUCAUCGAUUACCAGGUGCAAUGUGGCUGCUGCCAACUCUACAUGUCCGCACUCAAAAGCCAAGUACAGUAAAUGUCCAAAAGCCAAGACCACUGGUCCGUGUUCGCCGCACCACUUGAUCUUUCGCAAGAUGGCCUACAAGACCUCCGCCAGGCGAUGGUGUGCCAUGGAUGGCAGUAUCUUCUGCCCCGCUUGCGGUUAUAAGAAGCGUCCAGUGAUCAAAUGCGCAUCGGAUUGGAAUUCCAGAUGGUGUUCAUGGGCCCUUUGCUUUAUGCCCUGUCUGAAUAACUCGGAUGAUGGGGAGAAGAUUUACUGCGGUCACUGUAACACCUUUUUGGGCGUCUACAAUCGCCAAAGGCAAAGUCUCAAGCCGAACAAGCUGUAUGCCUGAUGUCACAAUUUUAAUGAUGUUUUAACGCAAGUAUUUUCCAUUUGGUCGCAGUCUUUCAAAAUUGUUCGUUUAGAAGAGCCACUUGAUUAUUCCCUUUGAGUAUAAAUUCUACAACAAUUGGCUUCACAAAGCAUCAUUGUAUCGCUCUUAUAGAUUUAAAUUAAAAAUUUACGCUUGCGCGCCUCAAAUAA